UCACAAGAUUGGGCUGGUACCCGAGCUCGUUCACUACUCAACCUAGGUUACAGCCUUGCCUUCUGCAGACUUCUCCAUGUAGAUGAAUUGUCGAAAAUUCAGCUUCAUGACAUAGAAUUCGAAGAGAUAAAUGGGCGGUGGAAGUUGACUCUUCAACUACCCUUUCAAAAAACUAGUCAAUUUGGAGCAAUCAAGCCUUUUGUUUGGUGGAUAAUGCCCAAAGAAUAUUCUCAUCUAUGUGUUGUAUGUGCAUUUGCAAGGUGGAUCGUCAUAUUGGAUAUCACAAAUGGCUACCUUUUUCAAAAAAUACAGGAGAAUGAGCCAAUGGUCACUGCAACAUCUGAGCAAUUCUUGGAAAUGUUCCGAAAUAACCUUAUCGACAUUGGAGUUGACCACAUUCCCUAUGGUACUCAUUCCUUUCAACGUGGUGGAUGCCAAUGGUUAUCAGUAGAACGGCGGUGGCCACUUUGUCAAAAUUGUGAGUGGGGUGGAUGGAGCCAGGAGUUUACUCAUUUGACAAUUGUCAAAUACCUCAUUUCUUUGAACGAUAACCCCACAGUUGAUUGCAAUGACUUUUUUAACCGGAACCAACCACCUGCUUUUGUUUGUCCUGUAUUUCAUUGUUCAUGCCAUUGUGCAUAA